AUGAACGGGAUCGAGCACAUUGUCCGAGAACUUGGUCGGCAGCGGGCACGAAAUGCAUACUACCGUGAUUGCUAUGCCCUGUUCAAAUUAGUGCAAGACCUCACGGAGCAGACGUCCAACGAGCUAAAAAGCAUCUACACCUCGGAUGGUGACCUUCCGGCCUACGCCGUGCACCGAAUCCUGUGGCAAUACCAGAACCAAGUGUCUAGUUUGAUUGAACAGGCAUGCGAAGCGCAAGCCACGUGUGAAGAGCUGUGCCCGGUCGACCGCAUCUUCUCCGCUCGGGAAGUGUUGGAACCUAUCAGACGACUGUACAACGAUGCAAAUGCAGCUGCGCUUGGUAGACAUGCGAUCAGAGAUAAAAAAGACCAAGUCGGAGCUCGGCUGGCUGAAGCUAGCAAGAGUGACGGAGGGUAG